UCGGUCAUCACUGUGAAUCAUUUUUCAUUGCGUUCGGAGAGUCGGUCGUGAACGAGUCGAACUGCAAGGGGAGGCGAGUGGCGAGGCGAGCGAUCCGAGAGGAAACGUGGUUGAAGAGAAGUAUGUGAUUGCGUUGCGGUUGCGAUCACGUGAAAAUGGAAGUGGAUCGGCAGGCAGUGAACGGGCAGGCAAUGUUGACACGACCUAAAAGGGCUCGGAGAGAAAGUAAUUGUAAAGUGACAGUCGUUUUAGGUGCACAAUGGGGUGAUGAAGGAAAAGGAAAAGUAGUUGAUAUGUUAGCUACGGAUGCGGAUAUAGUGUGUCGUUGCCAGGGUGGAAAUAAUGCUGGUCAUACUGUUGUGGUUGAAGACAGAGAGUAUGAUUUCCAUUUGUUGCCAAGUGGUAUUAUCAAUCCCAAAUGCAAGUCAAUAAUUGGCAAUGGCGUGGUGGUGCAUCUUCCCGGGCUCUUCGAAGAGCUCGAGAAGAACGAGAAGAAGGGCCUGACGAGUUGGGAGGACAGGUUGCUCAUCUCGGACAGAGCACAUUUGGUAUUUGACUUUCAUCAGCAAGUGGAUGGCCUUCAAGAAAGAGAGAAAGGUGAACAGUCAUUAGGCACAACGAAGAAAGGAAUUGGUCCCACAUAUUCAUCAAAAGCUACAAGGAAUGGCAUUCGGAUAGCUGACCUUCUUGGUGAUUUCAAUUUGUUUUCUGAAAAAUUCAAAGGGCUGGUGGCCAUGUACCAACGCAUGUUCCCAGAGCUGAAUGUGGAUGUGGAAGGAGAGCUGAAGCGCUACAAGGAGUUCUCGGGGAAGGUCCGUCCGUUUGUGGUGGAAUCUGUCUCUUUCCUCCACUCUGCGCUGCGCUUGGGCAAGAAGGUGCUGGUAGAGGGCGCAAACGCUGCCAUGUUGGAUAUUGAUUUCGGUACUUAUCCGUAUGUAACGUCAUCAAAUUGUAGCAUUGGUGGUGUGUGCACGGGCCUUGGCCUCCCGCCGUGCAACAUUGGGGAGGUGAUUGGAGUUGUUAAGGCAUACACGACACGAGUCGGAGACGGCCCGUUUCCAACAGAGUUGAAAGAUAGCAUUGGAGAUCUGUUGCAAAGCAGAGGUGGUGAAAUUGGUGUCACAACCAAACGAAAACGAAGAUGUGGUUGGCUAGAUGCACGAUUACUGCAAUACACAGCCAUGGUCAAUGGAUACAGUGCAUUAUGUUUGACCAAGCUUGACAUUCUGGAUACACUGCCUGAGAUUAAAAUAGGAGUUGCAUACAGAAAGGAAAACAAAAUUCUCAAUUAUUUUCCUGCUAGUGCUGCAGAACUGUCUGCUGUGAAGGUGGAAUACGUAACAAUACCUGGUUGGAGAACAAGCAUUGAAAAUAUUCGUGAAUACGAGAAACUACCAGACAAUGCAAAAAAGUACAUUGAGAAAAUAGAAGAGUUAGUGGAAGUGCCUGUAAAAUGGGUUGGAGUUGGAAAGGGACGAGAGUCUAUAAUAACACUAUAUUGAAGCUGUUAGUCCCAGAAGCUUAUAGAAUGAGCAUGUAUUUUAUGAUACAAUGUAUUUUGGAAAAUUAGUUGGAUUUUAAUUUUUUUUCCUUUUUGUGCACACCAAAGUGAAAACAUGUUCAUUGAUGAGGUGAAGUUUGUAGUACUCACAUUAGGGAAAUCAGUUUUGCCUACUAUUUGCAUUACAUGUUAUUGAAACUUUAAUCUUGAUUUUUACAAUGUUUACUCCCCAUUUAUUAGUAUUUUUCCUCAGAGCUUAAGCCCUUCAACUAAUGAUCCAUUUAUGGAAAAACGUGUUUGGAAGCUUUUAGAGUAAUCUUUUUAUCUCGCCAAGUGAAUCAUCUUCAUUGUAGAUUUGUAUCUAAAUGCCCCUUUCAUUUAUGAAAUAUGAAUUCCCUUUAUUUCAGUAUCUGAUUAUAAGCCAGUAUUUUAUUGAACAUGUAUAUUGUAAUUUAUUUUGGUUUAAUAUUGUUAACUCUUUUAAUUUACUGAAGAAUAAAUUGUGUGCUCUUUUCUGUACUUUUUUUUAAUGAAAUGUUGGUUCAUCGUUAUGUCAUAUUGAGCUAUUUAAAAUAUAAUUAUGUGGAUCAUAUUUGGCAAUAUAAACUGAAUUCAGAUCCAAGAAAUUACAAUCUUUUUAUAUGUAUAUAUAAAAUGCAACCUCGACCAUUACACCUUUGACUCCUGUCAAAGGUAUUCUUCUCCUAAGGUCAAUUCAUCCUUAGAUUGCUGCUCUUCAUAGUAAGUUUUUCAGAGGGCUAAAAACUAAGUGUUU